AUGAAAAAUUAAAAACUGAAAUUAAAAGAAAAUGAUGAUUUUGUAUAAAUCUACUUUGAUGCUUUUUCUAAAGCAAUUUCAGAUACAAAAAUUGAGAACUAUUAACCAAAUCAUUAGAAAAUCAAUGAAAAAUUCACUCUUUUCGAAGAUUUAACUAUUAUACUGAAAUUACAUAGUCCUUCCAAAAUUUCUCAAAAAAAGAAUUUCUAGGAAAUAGCCCUGAUUUUAUAAAGAUCUUCUAUGGGUAUAAGAAAUAGAUAUCAAUAGUACUUAUAGCAUCUUAAUUGCCAAGACUUUUUUAAGAUCUACUAAUUUUUAUAGAAACAUGGCAUAGAUGGUUAACUCAAUUUUUAUCUUGAAAACAGGAAUUGUUGGAAAUUGAAGGAUAUUUCAUCUCUUUCAGAGUCUCCAAUAUACUAUUUGAUUGACAGUCCUAUACAGAAAGCCAAAGAAAAUGAGUAACCUUAGAAAUGCAAAUCUAAAUUUAAAAGAUAAAACUAAGAAGACAAACCUAUUGAGCCUUAGGUCUAAAAGAAAAUUAAGUUUUAAUUUUCAGCUAAUUCAAAAUAUGACAAAUCAAGUAAAAAGUAAUGUCCCUUUCAAACUGAAUAAACAAUUUUGAAUACAGAAUAAAAAUAAAGAGCUGAAGAAUUAAAAUAUACUUUGAAAUUAUUGUCGAAUUUGUUGAAUGCAUCCUAUAAAGAUCUUGUUUAAAAAAUGUAUUAAUGUUCAGGUGAUCUUAAUACUCUUUUGAGAGUAUUCUCUAAUAGAUAAGAAGGCUUGCUUUGGACUAAAGAGGCAGAUGAAGCAUUAAAAGCUUAUUUAGAGUAGGAUGACCUUUUAGAAAAAUAAAAACUGAAAGCAAUCUUAAAUGGUGAAGAUUCAAUACGAUAAAGAAAAGAAUGGUUAUUUGAAUGA